ACAUGACAACGUGCCAAACCUUGAGAAAUAAACGCUGCAAGAUAAACGGGAGUUGUGAAUGACUCUCGACAGAAGUGUUACCACGUGCCAGCGAAAACCCGAGCCAAUAAAUCCACGAUGAGUCCUCACGCGCGAAGCGCAGGUCGUAAUAGUAAACGAAUACUCGACGAGAAAGAGAGAGGCCGAUAAUUUGUGGGGAUUUUGUACACGUGUUAAAAUAUUUAAGUGCAUUCAGAGAAAGAGAGAGAGAGAGAUAGAGAGUGUUCAGAAUUAUAUUAAAGAUUCUGCACACGUGAAACACACAAAUUUCGACAAUUUUUUCGUAUCCUCUGAUUUAUUACGCUCACCUGUUAUCUGAACUCCGCGAUCAUCCCAUCUGGCACUUGAACCAAAAUUGGUUAUCGCUUUAAAGAGUUUAUUCAUCAGGUUUGAGGGCGCCCAAGAAACGUAUCAAAGGAACCACUAUUUAUCGAACAAAAUUAUAUAUCUGUAUUAUAUGUAUAUUUCACUCUCUAAAUAACAUAUGUUAAUUUGAAAAUAAGUUUAUGACGCUAUAUUCCAUUCAGUACAAACAACGAUCUGGCUUAAAAAUUACGUAAAAAUCGUGUAGUGAAUACUAUUUCUUUUAUGUCGUGUUUCUUAAUGUGUAUUAUUUAUAACUCAAAAUAAUGUCAGAAUGACGAGAAAAUUAACAAAAAACUCAGUUUGUAUUCAUGACUCGAUCAUUUCCUCGUCAUUUCAUCGUGAUUUUCUGUUUUGACGUGAACACAAACGGCCGCUGAACCGCUGAGCUGUUUCCAAAAGUCUUCCACGAUCUCCAUGGCAGAUACAUGAAGCAGAGCAAAUAGAGGAAACUCGGGCAGGGGGAUCUAUCCUACCUUUUGAUCCUAAGUGUAUCAUGUUCAAAUUCGGGAUUCAUUUACGAACGUGCCGAAUCUAUAUCGACGGGUUAAUGUAUUCGUGUCGGCAACCGCGAGGGAUGCGACGAAUUCUCAUGAAGAGCACGUCGACGGAAGAUUACGGACCUGCCGCCGGCGAGGAAUCCAGAUUGGGUGAAAACCGCGUGAGCGUUUAACUCGCCCGUUUAAAAGGAAGCUAGAGGAGCGAGCGGGCGCGAGAGCGUCGCUUAAUAUGAUCCAAUUAUUGGGAAGGUUGCAACGUGACCAAGUAUUCACGGCUCGUCCGACGAAUUACUGUACAAGUAGGCGAGAAUCGGGUACGACCGUUAAACACCUUCCGUAUGUUAAUUCGCCGCGAUGCAAAUUUAGCGUUCGACACAAUGCGGUCGCUUCUCUCGGUGUCGAAUUUAACUUCGCGCCGCGAGGCUUCGCGUCGAAACUUCGCCGGCACUUUUAAUUAGCGCGCGGCGCUCAUCGAGCGGCAGAAAUUAAUUCUGCCAGCUUUCGUAGUCUUGGCGUUUUCGUCGAUUUCGCGCCGGUGUUUUCCUCGACUAUGCUCUGCGAUCGUCAUUUUCAAAUUAUCCUCCCCACUUUUCGCGGGAGAUUCAUUAUCGCGGAGUAACUGCGCGCUAGCUGCACGUGCAUCGAUUCCGGUUUAAAUAUGUAUCCCGGCCGGUGCGUUUCGACACGCAUGUAAUCGACGAGCAGAUAUUGCUUUAGCGCGCGCACAUAUCGCGAAGGAAUGCUAAUAAAUCGUCGAUAUAUACACGUAGCCUUUAUUUCACGGCUGGUUACAAUAGCAUUACCAUUUACAGACAAUAACUGUCGUAUUACCGGUUAUGUAUAUCAAGCCACGCGCUACCUUGUGUAUGCGGUAACUGUUGCACGACGUAAAUAGAUAAGAUACACACACACUUCCUACCGCGACAAGUCACUCGCGCGCUUGCACGUGCACUUCCGACCGCAAACGAUUCGCAACGCGAUUGCGAGAUCACUGUAAGUUAUGCUCUUUCUCUCUCUCUCAUUCGUCCUCACUGUGCCUCUCUCUAUUCGUUGAUUCAAUGCUGGACAGCGUUGUCCGUAUUACGAUGCCGGCAUUAAUUGUGCACACACGUUUUAUGUCGUGUCGAUCGUCGCAGAACUAAUUAGAAAAUCGACCACACAGUAGAAACUGGAGGAUCACGAUAGCCUGAGGAUCAUAACGGGCGCGUCGUUGACGCAACGCGCGCGUUGAGGCGUGCCUAAAAUUCUCUAUGUAACGCUCCACGUGACACAGAUUCAAGAUCACCUUUCUCGAAAGCCAAUAGUCAUGACCGCAGGUGAGUCACUCUCGCUGCCGUCGUCGGGAUUUCUCGAUUACUCGUUUCCUGCGGCAAUUAAUGCCGCGGGAUAAUCUGAUCUGCGAUCGCGCGGAUGUCCUAGAAACCGAUUAUCCAUCCUUUCGCCGGACUGUUCAUGUCAUUAUUAUUUGACAGAAAUGAGCCGCAUCACCGUUAGAGGUCUAAACCUAGAGGUAUGAACCUCUUCGAGCGCGAUUCCCUGCAAACUUGACGAAUCGCAACGAGCGAAGCGCGGAUAAAUUCGUCGCGCUGACUCGCUUGCUAUCUAACGAAAAAGUACGCUCGCGUUUCGCGAAAUAAAAUUUCUCCGGCUGCGCCGCCGCGGGGUCCUGUUCUGUCUCAUAAAGCGCAAUCUCAUACGCGCCGCGGUGAUACGACGGCGGAAGGAGAACGGGAGCUGUGUGCAGUCGUGUCUGUAGCACGCCCGAUGAGAUUCAUCAGAUUCCACCCGAUGCAACGCGAUAAAACCUAGCGCACGCCGCGAAUAGGGUCACGCACGUAAAUUUUCUUCUCGUUUCUCUCUCUUCACGGUUCUUCUUUUUUUCUUGUUUUUUUUCCUCCUCUAUGCCGCGCAUUUUCCCGAGGCCCCAUAAAUUUUCGUCGCGUGAGCGCGUAUCGCAUACCGAUAUGUGUGCACUUUAAAUGCAAAUCGGUAUCAUGAUGCGCAAUGUCUAUAUAUAACGCGGCGUAAUUUAUAUUCUUUCGCGACUUCCUCUCUCGCGUACAAUCUUUCAUCUCCAUUGUUACGAUUACGUGCGUUUUUUUUUUGUUUAUCUAUUUUCUUUUUACCUUUAUUUCUCUCUCUGUCCUCUUCUUGUUUUCUUCUCCUUUAAUUUUUUCUCCUUCUCCCUUUUUACGCGGACUUUAAGUACGCAUUUGCGUCAGCGUCGUCGAGGCGGCGAAACAAGCGACGAUUACUUGUCCGCAGGAUAAUUGGCCGCAGUUAUGCAAGAAUGAUCCAACUCAUGAAAUUGUGGUUUUUUAGUUUUUGCCACCAAUGAGUAGUUCAUAAGCCUUUCUACGUAAGACCCAAGUCUUAUGCCUGAAAUUAAAAAAGCAAUUUUUACUUUCUACUAAUUGCGUCUUUUUUAUUCAUUUUUAAGGGUUAAGCUUGUCAAUAGAUAUCCUUGAGGAGAAGAAAAUUUGUCAUACUUGGUUGUUUGAACGAUCGCGAAGAACCUCAGAUAGUGUUAUCUAUGCUCUUUUCAAAUACUAAAUUCUUAUCUUUAUCUUUCUCGAAACGUACUACAUACAUCAUUCUUGCCUAACUAUACGAUCACCCCUCGUGAUUCAUUGAUAAUUAUGUGCGACGGAUUAUAUUAAACUCUUGUCGGCCGUUUUCCUCCUCGCUGUUCUCGCUAAAGUAACGCAUUUCCUUUUCUAAAAAAGUUCUAAAUAUAGCUUAGACAACAGCGUGUGCAGCAACGCGUUCCACAUAUGUAAUAGAACGGGUGCGUAAGUACGUGGCCGUGUCGUGCUGUGCUGUGCGACUGCCCAUGGCGAAUUGCAAAGCGCUCGAAGAAUACCCGAGGCGUUCGUACCUCGGGGUAAAUAGUAAUAAAAACGUGCAACGCGCCGCAUUACUUUCUCCGGCGACCUUUAUAUACGCCGGUGGCCCGAUUCCAAAUCUCAGAGACGUCUUUCCCGACGGUUUUCGCCAGCAAUCUGCCGGCAAUUAACGGCAAAAUGCGAAAUAAAAAGCGCGGAAGGUCGCGGCGAUAAAAGGGACAUUCAUUCGCGACCGAGAUAUUCUUAAUGAAACGCCGGGAGGGGGAAGGACUAUCGUAGUUUCCAGUGAACGACGGGACGACGUGAUACUUCACGUUUCAUCAAAUGCGAGAUUGAAAUAUGCGCAGAAAUACACUCGCGCAUGUGGGAUUUAUUUUGUUACGCAAGGUAAACAUUUUUCAAGGUAAACAUUUUUCGCGAGGAAACAAAACUGCUUCUCGAAUUGCAUUUAUUCGCGACACGCAUUCCUGAUAUAUGUCACGGCAGGCAGAACGUUUAUUUACAUUUCCACGACGUGACGAUAAUGAGGAAGGGAUUUAGGUCAAACGGAAGCGAUUUGAAUAUCACGCUUUGUUACAUGAAUCUACCUUGCGAAACGGCCGUUCGUAAUGAUCUAUCUAUGAAAUUAUUUGGCACAUGAAUUUCAUGCUAUAUUCGUACAACUAAAUUCGUAGAAUAUGAAUCUGAUUGAAACUAUGAGCAUCGUAUAAAGAAAAAAGUUAGUAAAGUUCACGCGAUAGUGAACGAAUCGAACGCGUUUGAAGGAAGAAAAAUUUCUGGUUCCGAAAAUCAAAAAUUCGAUUUCCUUCAACGAAAACGCGUUUGGCCCGUUCACUGUCACGUUAAUUCAAUCGAAUCUUAUUCUUUGUGCUGUAACGUUUCUGAUCUCGAUAAGUGUGCAGUCGUGUUGUCAUUGUUCGAGAACUGACGAUGUACACACAAAAAGCGCAUCAUCACUGCAAGUGUGUUAUUUUGAAUCGCGUGUAAUUUGUUUGAAACCUUUUUCCAAGUUUCUUGUGCUUUUGAGUCAUUUAAACACGUUUAAACGACGCGACUUGAAAAAGAGACGUGGCAAAAGGGAUUUAGUCAAAGUACCACACUUGGCUUCGCAGUGAUUCCUCUCUCACACAUACACGCACGCACACGUACAUGCACACUUAACUUUCAUGGCUCUCUAUUGGCAAAAAAAAUCACGCUCCAUCGUACGGGAGAUCCCGCUAUGUUCGCGACGAGAGACCGUAAUCUCCACACUUUGUCUUCCAUCCUCCGCGCACACCAGACACUUUCAGUCGCUUGGCCGCUCGUUUGCGCCCUAAUGAACGGUUCAUUAGCUGCACGACCUUAAAUUGUGAACGUAACGUGCGGAUCAGCGCAGAUCCGCGAAGAUUAAAUUCGCUCGGCCGCCGCUUUGCCGAAUCGGCGCGAGACGAAUGGGACCGACGAUUGUUCGGCGGUGCAAUAAAUACGCUUUUGCAGUCGCUUAAUAUUAUCUCGUUUAUGGCCUCGGUCCCGAUACGCCUUUCACGAUUUCUUUCGUGAGAUGAUACAAAAGAAACGAAAGAUCGCGAGAGGAAGAAAGAAAGGCUGAUAUGUAGAGGUGGGUGACCGCGCUUAAUUGUCGUUGCGGAAAGAACGCGUGAUCGGCCAUUCGGCGCGGUUGUCUCCAUGUCCAUUGUGAGUUCUAAAGAUUCACUUAGGAACGGCUCACGCUCUCGGCUUGAUAAAUACAAGUUCUCGAUCGCGCAAUAAGGCUGCUUAUUGAUUGCAACUCGGCGAUGAGUAACGCAAUUAUUUUCGUAUGAUGAAACAGCGAUAUUAACAACGAACUACUAAUAUCGCGAUCUUUGCCCCGCACGCUACAUUUUCUUUUUAUUUUUAUUCACGACACAGCACGAUUUCCGUAAAAGCGAGCAUUUUAUUUCUUACAGCUUGUAGUAGUGAGAUUAUGUGUAUCAGUGUCCUUUGCAAAGAUGGACGUUUACACAAUAUUCUGAAUGCCGUUUCACACAAAACUCACACACACUUCCAUUAAUCUCUCACAUUUUACGAGAGUUCCUCAGCCGCGUCUUAACGAGGCUUUCCCUGACGCUUGCAGUUUGUCAGACCGGUGACUGAGCUGCGCUACAGAAAGAAAAGUUCGUAAAUUUUCCAACUGUCACGGAAAAAAGCCGCAGUCGUAAAUCACGAAACGGCAAGUUUGAAAACGCGAUCAAUUACGCCCACAAUUCUUUUUUCUUCUUCCCUCUCUCUCUCUGUUCUAUCUCUCUUUCUGUUACACGCAACGUAAUGCACGGCCGUCGAGCAAAAAACACGGACUGGAUUAGUCAACCGUAAUUAGCGUCACGAGUUUUACGCGCCGACGGGCUCGCUGUCAAAACGUCGGCCUGGGGGAAGUCUGGGCGCGAUCGCUAACAACUCGCUGCGUUGCGCGCUCCUCCGGUUUCGCAACAAAAUGUAAAUCGGAGUAAAAAUUCUCUCACCGCCGUCACUCCCCCGGGCAAGUUUCUCUGUACUGUCGGCUUAACCCUCGAGCGUGCUCGUGACUUUUCGAUGCGUAAACACGCGCGCGCGUGCCCGCUCUAUCGUGAACGCGUGCGGUUCGUUUUGUCCAGUUUUCGCGGCUCGCGUUCAACCGAAAUAGCCUCCACCUCCGUUAGUUAAAUGUUGCAGGCAUUCGUACGCGCGGCGAGUGACGCACCUAGAUGCAAAUUGAUUUCGAUAAUACCUGCGGGUACGUGCGCACGUGUUGUGUUCGCUGUCAGUAUUUACGAACGUUAGGGCGAGGGCCAUACUUGAAAACUUUGCCGACAAAAUACCUUUUCCUGCAAAGUUCACGUCGCUUUGGCUGCAUACACAGUUACAAACGCUUUUACUGAAAGUACAUAGGAGCUCAAAAGAAUAUGAAAAGUUUGCAGAAAGAUUUUCACAAACGCGUGGUUAUGUCUUCUGUUAGCGUGGUGAAACAAAGCAACACAUAUUUAUAUAAGAUCUACAUGUACAGGAAGUACAAAAAGGUAUGAUCGUGUCAGUGACGAUCGCCUUUAUGUUGUCGACAUUUUUCGAAUUUAUCAUCCACUUAAAUGUUAGUAAAGUUAGAAGAGAGUUGCCGAAAUCAUAGGCGUUUCUUAAAUCGCAUCUCAUCAAUCAUAUCUGAUUUUUUUAUGUUUGCAGCUCGCAUAAAAUAAGAUAUAACCUGACAAUUUUUUGUUUAAACACUUGUAAAAACAUUGAUGAGAGGUAUGAUUUCGGCAACUUUCCUCCAAUCUUUAAUGAAAUUGUUUGAAAACGAACGACGGAGCGUUUCAUUGAAUUCCCCGUGAAACUCCUAAUCGGACGAUCGAUGUUCUCAUACAUAUUUACAGCAUAUGUUAAUUGAUUCGGAUUUAAGUGGAUCAUAAUGAGUUUGACGAAGGUUAAAUACGUUAAAACGCUGUGGCCAUUAAGUCAAUUGCCUUGUUAAUCGUUGCAUGUAACGUCACGCGAUUUUCUGUCGAAACGAGACCGCGGUAUGAACAUUUAUCCGGCAUAAAAACGCUAUCCGUUCUUUUAAGCCGAUAAAAGUGCGCAAUUGUCGUAAAUAACGCGGCCAAGUAAAUCUCUCGGUGGCAUCGCUUUUAAAAUCGGAUGGUGCCGGCUCGCAGCUGAAAAAGUGGUACCGCGCCCCGUUAACCGCAUUAAUUCAGCGGCCGCGCCGCUCGUUAAUUCGCCGAUUGCAUUGCAAUUGGGUGUGCGAGCGCGUUACGUUUUGACGGGACGAGAAUUGACUGUCAAAAGUCGGCGCGGGCAGUCGCCGUGAGAUUAAGCGACGACAGAUCCACAGUUUGUCACCCGAAGACGUCCGGCCAAUCGAGGACGCGACGCGGACGUAUACACGUGUUUUAAAACUCGCGAAAGUACGUAGCGCGGCGCGGUUUUUUGCGAGGAGAGGAAGAUUGAAUGAGGAUCCUGCCGUGCGCGAAACAACGAAGACGAAUCACAGAGGUUCGCAAGAUGUAUUUGAAGAGGUGAGCAAUAAUCUCUCAAGAUGUGAAUACACACUGUGUAUGAAAUGUGUCGAGAUGAAUAAUAAUCAAGAAAAAUUAAGGAAAUGGUUUAAUUAAAUUGGUUUCUUGCGAAACUUGCCAGUGACUUGAGUGGAAAGAUUUCCAAGACGUUGAGCGUAUUUGUUAACGUUUCUUAGUAUCUUAGGUGCAAGUGAGGGGAGACUUUUACAAACUCGGGUUGUUAUCUUCUCUUUUUUAACCAACACUUUCAUCAUUAUUUUCAAUCUCCCUAUUCUGAGAAUUCGAUCACAACGACAAGACUUACACCCGCGUCUGCAACGCGCCGCCGAUUCCGAUCGAGUCCGCUAAUUAGCCCAUGCGCGGAUGAUAAAGGUCCCUUCUUCUUACCGCAAGGAAAUUUACAGCUGCCGGCGUACACGGGUGCUCGUGAACAGUGAAAGCGGCGCAAUUUAAGAACGGUCCGUCCGGGGUUAAUUGGCUCGCUGCCUUUGGACAAACGUGUAGCGGCGUGCAUUACGCGGCACGCACUCUCCCCGCGAAUUACCUUCCACCUCGCGUGACGUUUGCCCGCUGUGUGUACGCGCUGUACGUACCUGCCGCUGCUCCUCCUCGCCUCUCGUCGCGAGUAAUGCCGAGAAGGGCGAAUCGGCGGCGGUCAAAGUGCAAUUUCCAUCGUAGGCCGGGACGGCGGCAUUCCCACGCGAUCGCACGUCGUAUGAGAGCGAUUAUCCACCCACAUCUGCAUAGCGAGCCCAAAGGGUUAUCAAUCAACCUCCGCGACUCAGGACGACUCGCAUCGGCGCCUUUUUCAUGCAAUGAACGUGGGGAGAGGAGAAGGGGCUUGCGAAUCCUUCAACGUCUCGGCGAGCGGCGCGUCCUUGACGCUCACUUUACGCAACGCUCCGUGGACCACCUAAAACGACUGCGCGCGUUCCAACGACCCGGCGCGCUUUUGACGCAUUAUUUAAAAUAGACCGCUAUUAAUAAUGAGCCGGACAGCGCGCGCACACGCGACCGUCGUUGUACUUCCGUCUCUGUACGAGAGCCGGUUGCGCGACGGAUGACACCCUCCGACGAUCCACCCGAGGGCGUUGGAUUUCGUCAACACGAUCGCAACGCGUGCCGCAUAUCGUUACAUAAUGUCUUCCUCGUCGCCGGUUGAGGCGAACAUUUAUUCGUCGGCAGACAACCUUUAUAAGUCCCCGUGACUGGCGAUAAACUUCAGAGUACUCCGGAGCUCUCUUCCUCGCCGUCCCGGAGGAGACGAUCGCGCGUGUCUCAAGAAAAGACUCGGAAGGGAACGUUUAUUAGGAGUGAAACUAAGGGAAAACGCCCAGUAGAGCCGGCACUCUCGCUCGAAUCCCAUCCAAUAUUCUAUUUAUUUUUGUUUUAGAUUUAUUUCUUGGAUUAUUAUUUUGGGAUUUAUUAAUCACAUAUUGAUUAUUCACCAAUUAUUACUUAUUAUUUACUCGUUAUUUAUUUUCUUAUAAAUCCCUGUAUAUCUUAUCAUAUAUGCGACAGCAUUCGCGCGAAAGUGCUGAAACCGGAUAGAGUGCCGAAUGUUUUCCCCGUUAAUGCACGUCGGAUUCUCACGGAGAUUAAUUGCUUUUGCGGGAUGGCAGGAGAUUCUCGAAGCGCUGAAUUAGCCGCUGAGAUGGAAGACACUUGGAGGAGAAGCAAUGGCCUGCACACGAGGAGCGAGCGGUUUCCCGUUUUUACCGUAUUGAACUCUUAUAGACGAGUGACGUCACCGAGGAGGAAGGCACAUCUCGCGCGAACGCCGGGGAGACGCGGAGGAAGUGGAAGUUAGGUACACCGUGGGAGAUUGAUGGGGUUUAUUGCAACCCCGCGGAGCUUACUGCUUUCAUCCAUUACCCGCGUUACAGGCACUCACCUGCAAACUCGUGCUCUUACGGAUAAACUUAGCGAUCGAAAGACAAACCGCCGCUGCGGAGUUGAACUCUAUACGGCUCUACGUGCCGACUGUUGUUACGCGAAUUCAUUAUCAGUUAGAAGUGAGCGCAAGCUCGACUAGGUGAAGUACGUACUUCCCGUGAGAAUACGCGCGAUAAAGGCAUGACGUUUCGCGGAAGCGGACAUUGAUACGCAUUCUGAUAAGGACGGGAGAUCUCUCUCCUCUCAUCGACGCAGUCCUCCAAUUCCUCCACGAUAAGCGGCAUCUUAAUUAAUUAAAGUGAAAUUUAAUUAGCGCAGUGUGCACCUGAUAAGUGAGAAAUGAUUUUAAUUAUCGUCAAAUGCAGAGAUAAUUACAUUUAUUCAAGUGGAUACCAAUAGAACUGCAAAGGCUCCUAGAUAUUUUUCUAAUAAAUGUAUAAUUAUCUCUUCAUUUGAUGAUAACUCGAUCAUUUUUAGCUGAUUGCACUACAGCACGCAGUGUGUAUACCUGAUAAGUGAAUGAUUUUAAUUAUCGUCAAGUGCAAAGAUAAUUACAUCUAUUCAAGUGGCUCCGAAUAGGAGCGAAAGGUCUAGAUUUUUAAAUAAAUAUAACUAUCUCUUCAUUUGAUGAUAAUUGAUCAUAUUUAAUCGAUUGCACUACAUGAUACUCUCACGGGUCCUUUUGUUCUCCAUUUGUGAUUGAAUAUCAAAGAGCCUUUUAUCUUUCCAUUUCUACUCUCUCUAAUUCUAUAUUCGUUAAAAUAAUCUCUGAAAAUACCUUCCUUCGUGUCUUCGCGCGCUUCUGUGACUCAACAAUUGUAGAGCUGUCGCCUUUGGAUCUUUGCGAAAUGUUUCUUACAUAAGAAUUGACUCGAGAGCGAUCACGGACGAUCGAAAGAAAGCGCGAUCGACUCGCGGGACUCUCUGUAUCUAACUCGAGGCUUAUGCAAUAUGUAUCGACGGUGCUUUCUGUGUGCGUGAAGGCUUCGCAGCUGGGCAUGCUACUGGCAAAUGUGGAAAGGGCGUGUCUGCUUGUGACGGCGAUCCACGUUUUGCUCGGUACGUACGUCGACGCGGAGACCUUCACUCUGGGAUACAUCACCGGCUCCAAGCGACGUCCAGACGAUUUCGAGUAUCACCGCCCGGGUUUCCGCAUCUCCGGGGCUAUGACUCUCGCCGUGGAGGAGGUGAACGCUGGCGAGCUUGGCGAGCGCGGCCACAAGCUCGACUUCGAAGUGCAGGAAACUUACGGCGAAGAGCAGACCAGCAUUCUAAGCACUGCGGUACUCUGGACGAAAAACAUCAGCGCUUAUAUCGGUCCGCAGGAGACGUGCAUUCACGAAGGCAGAAUGGCAGCGGCAUUCAACAUACCGAUGAUAUCCUACUUUUGCACUCAUCACGAAACGUCCAACAAGAAGGAUUUCCCGACAUUCGCGAGAACGCGGCCGCCCGAUACGCAAAUCUCAAAAUCCGUCGUAUCCGUCCUGCUGGCGUUUAACUGGACCAAAGUGACCUUUAUGUAUAUGAACGCGAGCGUAUACGAGUUCAACAAAAUGUCAACGGUCGCAAAGACGAUUCUGGCGUCGUUCGAGGCGGCUGGCAUUAGUUUGAAUCACGUCCGGUGCUGGGAGGAGCCUCAUUACACGACGCAAACGCUCCUGAUGGAAAAUCGCACAAUGGCUAAUCGCACAAUAAUGGAAAAUCCGUUCCAUGCGCACGUCGAGGACACGUAUCGCGACACGCGAAUUUACGUGAUCGUUGGCCAUCAUUAUGAGCACGUGGGCCUCUUAAUGGCGCUGGAUGAAAAGAACCUCUUGGAAAAAGGCGAAUAUUGGGUUGUCGGUGUCGACAUCAAGCAAUACGAUGAGCAGCAACCGGAGCACUACCUUCGUGGACACUGGCAGUGGAAUCGAAUGGAAAUGAAUCUGUCGAUAAAAGCGUAUCGUAACUAUUUCAGUAUCGUUGCAUCGGCCCCGAUUGACAUAAUGAAGUUUGCUCAGAAAGUCAACGAUCACAGGCAGAAGCCGCCGUUCAAUUUUGCGAAUCCCGUGGGAAAAAUGAAAGGAAUAGUUCAGAUCGUGCCGGAGACGGCGUACCUGUACGACGCGGUGCACCUUUACGAAAGAUUGCUGCUGCGCGCUCUGAAAGAAAAUCGGGACCCACGGAACGGACGGGAGAUGAUGUCGACGCUGCACGGGGCCCAUUAUCAGAGUGCGAUGGGAUACAUGGUGUACAUGGAUGAGAAUGGAGAUGCCGAGGGCAAUUACACUCUGAUUGCGUUGGAUGAAAGACCUACGCGAGGCUACGGACUGUAUCCAAUAGCGUACUUCGUCGGCAAAGAGCAAGGCACGAAUUUGCCGAAGCUUCGAUUGACCAAGCAAAUAUCGUGGGUUGGGGACGGACCGCCCGUCGCGGAACCUUAUUGCGGAUAUCACGAUGAAAAAUGUAAAUCUUAUACCGGCGAGAUUGUGGGAGGCAUCGUCGGCGGAUUGGCGUUCAUUAUCGCGGCGGUCGUACUGAUCCUCUACAGAAACUGGAAGUACGAGCAAGAAUUGGAUUCCUUGCUAUGGAAGGUAAACUUCAAGGACAUCCAGAUCAAGGAGCAGAAGAAGGACGAAGUGGCGGGAGCCAACGAGGCGCCCGCCAAAUGCAAUUCCAAGCCGCCAACAACGCAACCUAUAGUGCGAACUAGUCAAGUCUCGUUGAGCUCGAAUCCCGACGCGGAUUUCCGUUACUCCAUGAUUUACACGCAAAUUGGCGUGUACAAAGGACGGAUAUUCGCGGUGAAGAAAGUGAGGAAGAAAUCGAUCGAGAUCACGCGGGAGAUGAAGAAGGAGCUGAAAAUGAUGCGCGAUUUGCGGCAUGACAAUCUGAUUUCUUUUAUCGGCGCGUGCACCGAUCCACCCAAUAUAUGCAUCGUCGUCGAGUACUGCGCUCGUGGCAGUCUCAAGGACAUACUGGAGAACGAAGACAUAAAACUCGAUAAUAUGUUUAUGGCGUCCCUCGUCGGCGACAUCAUUAGAGGCAUGAUCUAUCUGCACGAGUCGGUCAUAAAGUACCACGGAUCGCUGAGCACAUCGAACUGCCUGGUGGAUUCGCGUUGGGUCGUAAAGCUGGCAGAUUUCGGUCUCCACGAAUUCAAACGUGACGCAGAAUGCGAUCCCUGCGACGUCAUAAAAAAAUAUCACGGAUUGCUGUACAAAGCGCCCGAGUUGUUGCGCUCCACUGGUCUCGGUGAGCCGAGUGCUCGUGACUUUCAAAAGGGAGACGUCUACUCGUUCGCUAUAGUGUUGUACGAGCUUCAAGGGCGGCACGGACCCUUUGGCAUUACGCAGUUGUCGGCGGCCGAGAUACUGAAGAAAGUAAUCGCGAGAGAUCCUGAAGCACCGCCGUUCAGACCACCUUUGGAGCAACUAGAAAACACCUUUGAUUUUGUCCGCGACUGCUUGCUGGAGUGCUGGGCGGAAAAUCCGGAUUAUCGUCCGGACUUCAAAGUGAUACGAAAUAAGUUGAGGCCGUUGCGGAAAGGCAUGAAAGCGAACAUCUUCGACAAUAUGAUGUCGUUAAUGGAACAAUACGCGAAUAAUCUCGAAGCACUCGUCGAUGAGCGCACGGAUCAGCUGACUGAAGAGAAGAAGAAAACAGACGCAUUGUUGUAUGAAAUGUUGCCGCGUUACGUGGCGGAGCAAUUAAAAAAGGGACACAAAGUGGAGGCCGAAAGCUUCGAUUGCGUUACUAUCUAUUUUAGUGAUAUUGUCGGUUUCACGUCCAUGUCUGCCGAGAGCACACCGUUGCAGGUGGUGGACUUCCUAAACGAUCUGUACACGUGCUUCGACUCGACGAUACAAAAUUACGAUGUCUACAAAGUCGAAACCAUCGGAGACGCUUACAUGGUGGUGAGCGGAUUGCCGAUAAGAAACGGUAUUCAGCAUGCUGGCGAAAUAGCGAGUAUGUCAUUGUGCCUUUUAGAUGCGAUCAAACAGUUCGCUAUCCGUCACCAACCGCACGACAAACUGCAACUGCGAAUAGGAAUGCAUUCCGGUCCGGUGUGCGCUGGCGUUGUCGGGCUAAAAAUGCCGCGUUAUUGCCUUUUCGGUGACACAGUGAAUACUGCCAGUCGCAUGGAAUCCACGGGAUUACCGUUGAAAAUUCACUGCAGCAGCGAGACGAAGCAGUUGCUGGACGAGUUGGGAGGGUUCACCCUCGUCGAGCGCGGCGUGGUUUCCAUGAAGGGUAAAGGCGAUCGUUUGACGUACUGGUUGAUCGGUGAGGAUCCGAUUCUACGCAGCCAGCGUAGCAAGGAAAGAGCGAACAAACGCAGCAAGAAAAACAGCGUGACCGAUCCGUUGGUGCCGCGUAGCUCCUUGAAGAACAAAUCCCUCGUCAGAUCGACUUUCAUGCGAUGCUCCAGCGAGUCUCCGAAGCGGCUGCGAUUCGCCAGCUCGGACCAGCUCGAUCAGAAGAGCUCCAGGGUGAAUAGCCAGCUGGAGUCAAUAGUGGAUAACAGUCCUUGCAAGACCAAGAUCUCGUGCGCGAUACGAUCCUCCUGCAUGGAGAGCUGGAGGUCCUCCAGCAACUCUUGUCCUUGCGUCGAGAAGCUCUGCUGCGAUCAAGAGGCACAGCCGGAACUGCUGCAGCACGAGCUACCUGCAGACAUCAAGAACGCGCCGUUGCUGCGCACGAACUUGAUAUUCAGCAACGAGCCGUGUCUGCCGCGAACCGGCACUAAGAGCCUGCGGUUCGGCACACCCGGCUUACUUCAGAUCACCUGCAGAUCCGCGCCGAGCAGUCCCAGGCACAGCACGAUGGUGUUGAAUUCCCAAAAGAGAGCGGCGCAGUCUAACGAGGAGAUCGACGGAUGGGACGUGAUGACGCCGUUGAUCUAUUAUCCGAGUGGUCGCCUGGAUAAUUGAAUGAGUGGUCAAGUAAGAGCCCUCGAUCGAUGCAAUCGAUCGAGGGCUACGUGCAUUCACACGAUGACGAACGAAUCCUCGUUGUUGCGUAGCUGCGUUGAGCAGCGCGUUUGCAAACGCCGAAUUGUAGAAACCGCGAAGAUGCAUUCGCACGCCUAGCGCCUAGUAUCUUUGUAGGGACAACAAGUCGGGACAACUCGUAUGUCCUGCUAACGACAUUCGCGAAUUCGUACAUCGAUCGAACGUCAUAGCCGCGCGUUAGAUUGCCGUCGAGCGGUUUCUAACGGCGAGAGAUCUCUCGCUCGCAGUAACGCAACGUACCAAAGCGCACUAUAAGGUACAAACGACAUACUUUACAUAUACACGUGUAUCAGCGUAUCGUUUAUAGCUAAUUUCCCAUCUCUCUCUCUCUCUCUCUCUCUCUCUCUCUCUCUCUCUCUCUCUUUCUCUCUCUCUCUUUCUCCUCCCCUGCCCUCGCCCCCUCUUCAUCCUCAUGCAGGAACGCGUCAGCACGUAAAAAUAGCAUAUUCUUUACAUUAGCAUAGACAAACGUAAAAGGCUCGUGCUUCUUAUGCUAAGUAAGCGUCUAGUCAAUGUUACUUUAAGCGUCGCGUUCAAUUGUCUUUUGCAUUUUCAUGCGUUGUGUCGAAUGUUAUUUUCCCACGUGCGGAAGGGCUGAGUCUUCCGCAAACGUCGCGCGUGGACUCGCGCGCGAGUCGAACGUGACGAUGGAAAAAGAAAAGUAUUAUUAAUAAUAUUCUUAUAGAUUUUUCAGGAACGCUUCGCCGAAUAAGCGCAAACGUAUAAUUUAAGAGGAGAAUAUGUACUUACGCGACGCACUUCUUCUUUUCCCACUAAGGAGGAGUGUACGUCAAUAUAAAUAUCGAAGAAUAAAAAUGCCUUUAACAUCA